AUGAGUAACAAUGACACGGACAGCACGGCCCGGGACACAGGCCCCGUGUCCAUAAACGAAUGGGCCCGGGUGCAGCGGAAGCUGCUGAGGCUUGAACGAGACGAGGAAGUCGAGCAAGUCGCCGGAAUGAUCAACCAACUUACGGCACAGGAAUGCAUGGAGCGCGGUGUCAGCCUCGUUCCUCUCGCGGUGACGGGGCUGUCGACGGGUUUGUACGGAAGGGCGUGCGUCUCCGUCGGGGAUCCCAAGGGCCGGCCGCUGCCUGCCCACAGGCUGGGCGCCGGCGACCAGGUCCGCCUGUACAGCUCCAAGGGGGGCAAGGGUGACGUCGAGGGAGGGAUAUCUGAGAUAUCGGGCGUGGUGGGGAAGGUGACCGAGGGGACGGUAGAAGUGAUCAGCGAGGACGCGGACGAUGCCGGCUCUCUACGGGCCCCGCUAAGGCUGGAUGUCGUAGCCAGCGAGGCCACGCACAAGAAGCUCAUGCUGGGCCUAGACGCUCUGGAGAAAUACCCCGGCGGAGGGCCCGCCGAGCGCGUUAUCAACGUGCUCUUCGGCUCGGAACCGCCGUCGGCUGCUGCUGUUGCCCCGACGGGGCCCCCGGCGGCGACGCUUUCAUCACUGGCCCUUAGGUCGCUGAACGACUCCCAGCGAGAGGCUGUGGCAUUUGCGCUGGCGACCCGCGACGUGGCGCUCAUACACGGCCCCCCAGGCACCGGCAAGACGACGACUGUGGUGGCUCUCGUCCAAGAAGCGGUGGCGCGCGGCUGGAGGUGCCUCGUUUGCGCGCCGUCGAACGUCGCAGUAGACGGCAUGUUGGAGAAGCUGGUCGCGGCAGGGGAGGAGGGCGGAGGGGGGAGCGCGGGCGGCGGCGGUGGCGGCGGCGGCGGCGGUGGGGGGUACGGCGGAAAGAACAUAGGCGGCCGUCCGCGUGUUGUGCGAAUGGGACACCCGGCGAGGCUUCUGCCGCAGGUGUUGGAGCACUCGAUGGAGGCGUUGGUGUCGCGGCACGAAGGGACGGCCAUCGUCAAGGAUGUCCGCAAGGACAUAGACACGCUGCUCGGCCGGCUGCACGGCGAGUCGGGCACGGGGGGUGGCGGCGGCAGCGGCGGAGCGGGGGGGGUUAGCAAGUCACGCUCCCGGAUUCGUGGGGCCGAUAGGAAGGGUGCUCGAAUGGAGGAAGCGCGCGCGCGGGAGGGCAAGGUGGUGCAGGAGGUGCUGCGAUCGAGAGACGUGGUGCUGGCCACGUGCGUCGGCGCGGCGACUCACAGCCUGCGAGAGGAAGAGUUCGACCUCGUAGUCAUCGACGAGGCUGCUCAGGCCCUAGAGGCGGCGUGCUGGAUCCCCAUCCUCAAAGGGAGGAGGCUUGUCCUCGCCGGGGACCACAAGCAGCUGGCCCCGACGGUCAAGAGCCGGAAGGCGGAGGCCGGUUGUCUGUUGCCGUCCGAAGCGGUAUCGGUUCCGCCGCCGCACGCGCCGGCGCGGUCACCGGGCGCACACGGUGGAAACAGCAAAGAUGGUGGUGGUGUUGGUGUUGGGACCGGUGGGGGCGGGGGGGGUGAUGGUCUCGGGCUGACGAUGUUCGACAGGGUGUUGAGGGACCUCGGGCACGGCGUCUGCCGCAUGCUCAACGUGCAGUACCGGAUGAACCGGGACAUCUGCGACUGGGCGUCCGGCGAGAUGUACGGCGGGCUACUCCUCGCCCACCCUUCCGUGGCUGAGAGGGAGCUCCCGGACCUACCGCACACGUCGGCGGCGGCGGCGUCGUCGUCGUCGUCGACGAAGGAGGAGGAGGAGGGCGCGGAGAUGUGGGCGGCCGUGAUGCUGCUGGUCGACACGACGGGGUGCGACAUGCCCGAGGAGGACGCCGGGGGCGGCAGCCGGAGGAACGAGCGGGAGGCGGAGGUGGCCGUGCGGCAUGUAAAAGGCCUGCUAAACGCGGGGGUUCGGGAGAGCGAGGUGGCGGUAAUAUCUCCGUACAACGGCCAGGUGAACCUGUUGAAACGGCUGCUGCGCCCGGAACACCCCGGGGUGGAGGUGCGGUCGGUCGACGGCUUCCAGGGAGGAGAGAAAGAAGCCAUCGUUCUCAGCCUUGUUCGCAGCAACGCAGGAAAGAAGGUGGGUUUCCUCGCGGACGCGCGGCGUUUGAACGUGGCCGUGACCAGGGCCAAGCGCCACGUGGCGAUAGUCUGCGACGCCGAGUGCUGCGGGUCGGACCCGUUCAUCGGCCGCCUCCUGAGGCACGUCGAGGACAGGGGGGAGUACCGGAGCGCUCUCGAACUGACGCCGGAAACCUGCGGCGAUUUUGCGGAGUCUUCGGUGGCGGCGGCGGCGGCGGCGGUGGCAGCUGUCGGCAGAACAGCGGCCGGCGGCGUUGCCGGAAGAAAGGGCAAGAAGUACGGGGAGGAGGGGGAGGAAGAAAAGUUGUCGGACGAAGAGGUGCUCCGGCGGGUCCAGGAGUUCGCCGAGCAAGAACCUACGCAUGACAACGACGAGGAGGAGAAAGGCGACGGCGAGGGAAGGCUCGAGCUCCCGCCACAGCUGACGGCGCGACAGAGGGCGCUGGCACACGAGACCGCGGAGUGGCUCGGGCUGGGGCACGUCAGCGUGGGCGAAGGCCCCCGGCGCGUCUUGGUUUUGUCGAGGCUUGGCGGCGCCGACGCCAGCGGCCCCGCGGCGAGGGGGUUGGAGCCGUCGGGCAUCGUCGACGGCGACGGUGGUGGCGGUAGCAGCAGCACGAACGACGCGGUUGUUGCAGGGGAGGCGAAUGAUGGCGGUUCGAUGUUCACGGUCCUGGCCGCGGGGGUUGGGUCGGAACACGACACGGACACGGACGGAGGUGCCGAUAGCGGCGGCGGCGGCGGCGGCGGCGGCGACGACGACGACGACGACGAUGACGGGUCUCCACAGCGGCGACAGGGGGCACAAGCGCCGCCAACGGAGGCCCCGGCGGCGGGCGGCGGGGGCGGAGCUGUCCUCCAAGGCGAAGGCGGGGCCACCGCCAAGGGUGCGGGGAGAUCGGCGGCCGUCGGAAGAAGGAGCGCGGCCGCCACCCCGUCUCCCUCGGCUGCCGUCGCUCCCGGCGCUGCUGUUGCUAGGAGUUGCGGUGCUGGUAGCCUGACGGGGACCAACGCCCUGCUCGCAAACCUACACGCGGAGCGGGCCGCUCGUCGGCCCCCUGCGCCGCCACCGGGCAACUGGACAACGGGCGGCAAGGGGAAGGCGGCGGCGGCGGCGACGGACGGUGGGGGAGCCGAUGAUCGAGGAUUCGCAGUGGACCUCCCGAACGGUGGCGGCAGCGGAGGGAAGAAGGGUUCUUCGAAGAAAGGCGGAUCAAGCUCCAAGAAGGGCAAAAGAAAACCAGCAGGAGGUAAGGCGGGGGCAGGGGCGAAGGCGGCGGCGGGUGGGGGCGGCACGAUCACCAAGAAGGAUGCCGGCCGCGACAACGGCGGCGACGAUGACGAUGACGACGACCUGGCCUUUCUCGACGCCCAGAUAAGGAAAGAGCGUCGCGCCGAGCCCUGCUACGCCUCUCUCCUGAGGUCCACCACCGACGCCAUGCGGCAGAACAACCCCCGCUGGGCCGCCGCUCAGGAUAAGGGGAAGCCGGCCAGGUCGGCCAUCACGGGCGCGAGAAGGGCGCAGCUGAAGGGGGCCCUGCAGACGCGGCUGACGGAGGAGGAGAAGAAGAGGGGCAAAAGCUCGGCCGACAAGGGCGAGAAGAAGUCUUGA